AGCUGAAAUCCAAAAUUUGUUAUCAACAGCAACAGUGUUUAUCAUUUGUAUCAGAAAAAAAACCGCAGUGUAAACUAAUAAUUUACCUUAAAUUUGGUCAAUAAUCAAACUAUCAUAGUAUUCACAAGACAAGCUAAAGUGAUACACAUGUGAAAUGGAUCCAAACACAAAAUUCUUUCCCUUGAUUAGCUCCAUUCAGAAGGUUGCUUUAUUUGAAACGAAAUCGAAACUCUACCUGGUGGGCAGCAACAGCCAGGAAACCCGUUUCCGUCUGCUGGAGAUUGAUCGCAAAUCGCCGGAACUGUCCGUUCACGAAAAUGCCAACGAGCUGGAGAAGAGCGACAUCCGCAAGUUUGUCCAGUCCAGGUCCUUCGUACGUUCGAUUAGUGCUUAUGGAGUUCUGGGAUUUAUCAAAUUCUUGGAAGGGUUCUAUCUCAUACUGGUGACCAAAAGAACGCGCUGUGCGUUCAUUGGAAAGCACAUCAUCUACACGAUCAAAGACACGGCCAUGAUCCGGGUCAAUGAAGCACCAGUGGGAAAACAGAUUCACCCCCUGGAGCAACGUUACGUGAAGAUGUUCAACAACGUGGAUCUGAAGAGCAAUUUUUACUUCAGCUACAGUUACGAUUUGACCAGAAGUUUGCAGUAUAACGUUUCUGCGCCCAAGUUCGUAGGAAGUCGAAGCGAUAUCGAGCGAGAUGAACCUCUGGUGUGGAGGAACAAUUCCGGAGAAAGGACUACCUACGCAUUUCGGGGUGUUUCUCGGGAUAGAUUCGUCUGGAACGCGUAUCUUUUGAAAUCGAUGGAUGGAAUCUUACAUAAAGAUUGGAAAUUGGAAGUUAUACAUGGAUUUAUUAGUCAGUCGAGCAUAAGCAUCUUUGGUCGACCCAUCUACGUUUGCUUGAUUGCUAGGAGAAGCACGCGGUUUGCCGGGACUAGAUUUUUAAAGCGAGGCGCCAACUAUUUUGGCGACGUUGCCAAUGAAGUUGAAACGGAACAAAUCGUGCUGGAUGGAGUGAGAAUGUGUAGCUUCACACAGCUUCGAGGAUCAGUUCCUUCCCAUUGGUCGCAAGAUGUUAGCAAAAUGGUUCCCAAACCGCAGAUAGCUCUCGAUCUCUCUGAUCCUUAUGGUGAAACUUCUGGAAAGCAUUAUCAACGGCUGAUGUUCCAUUACGGCGCUCCUAUCAUCAUACUCAAUUUGGUUAAGAAACGUGAGAAGCGACGGCACGAAAGUGUGCUUAGCUCUGAGAUGGUGAGCAGCGUAGAUUAUCUCAAUCAGUUCUUACCGCCACAGUUUCGCAUUAAGUACAUCGACUUUGACAUGGCCCGGAAAAGCAGAGGCAAAGGAAGCGUCAUGGAAAGUCUAGCAAAAUAUGCCGAGAGCGUUAUUCAGCAGACUGGAAUGUUCUUCCUGGAUGAGGAAACUACAAAACAGCAAACGGGACUUGUGAGAGUCAACUGCGUGGAUUGUUUGGACCGUACAAACACGGCUCAAUUUGCAAUCGGUAAAUGUGUUCUCGCUCAUCAGUUGUAUGAGCUGGGAUUUCUGAAAGAACGGAAGCUGGAGUUUGAAUCUGACUGCGUUACCAUGCUGGAGAAUCUCUACGAAGAUCAUGGGGAUACUCUGGCGCUGCAAUACGGUGGCUCCCAGUUGGUCCAUCGUAUUAAAACCUACCGGAAGACAGCGGCUUGGGCUUCUCAAGGAAACGACAUCAUACAGACCAUCAGUCGAUACUGCAGCAACACGUUCAGUGACACGGAGAAGCAACACAGCAUUAACCUGUUCUUGGGUUACUACAUGCCUUCGGAAUCUGAAGUCAAUAAAUCAACGCACAUAUGGGAUCUGGAAACCGAUUUCUAUAUCCACAAUUCACGUGUAGAUGUGAUUCGCGAAAUUUCCCCCGAACCCCUGACACAGUGGAUUCGGCCGUUCGUCAUGAAACACCUUCCGUACUCCACCAGCGACAACAACCGCGUCGUCAAUGAGCUCAUCAAAAUCCACUCAACCGAUGCGGAAAUAAUCGAUUACUAUUCCAACUUCUACUACGACUUCAAACUCACAUCGUUCGAGGAGAACAUUGCCUACCAGCUGUCGCUUCUGGCGCGAAACUUUGUGCCAACAUUCCGAACAAACUUCAGUCCGUUCGAGCCGAUCCGAAGGCGUGAAAGUGCAGCCAUUAAAAAUCCUUCCCUAACUGGGCAAUCGUCGACCGGUUCUACCAACAGUUCAUCUUCGAGCUUGGACGAGAACUCCGACUCGGAGGAUGAUGACCGUAGCAUCCGCAAUACAGCCCCGACCAGCAGCGCAAAUAGCAGCCGGGCGGAAGACCCGGUCACAAUCAGCAAUAUGUUCCCGAUGACCGGUGACGUUUAUGGAUUCGAAAUAAAAGCCCCUAAGAAGGCGGACAUGAUCAAGUACCAUAAAUACGUCCAAAUGAACAGAAUCUUCAAUCCGCAGAAUUAUGCCGGAUUGAAAAACGAAUCGAAACACAACCAGCAACAACAGUCAUACUUGCUAAAUAAUUCUACAACGGAUGCCAUUGUCAUACAAAAUAAUGAAAUUCACUAUCGAAAUGACCUUAGCCGGAUGUCAACGGCACAGGAGGAUAUUCCCAUUCCAACGGUAAAAUCAGAGAGCAUAGCCGUUUACGAAAAAUAUUGCCAAAUGCGACAAUCUAUUAUGGAGCAGAAGAGUGUCGAUCCGGUUAUUGCACAAUAUGUAAACGCUCUCGGAUAAAACGAAAGAUGAAUAACAUUCGAUUGAAAUUUGUUUACUUUCAUAAUUUUUAUCCAUUCUACAAGGGCCAAAUGAAAUAAAAAUAAAAGUUAAUGUUAUUCAAAUAUA